AAACCCCAGUGGCACAGUGGAGUACGGGACAGGCAGAGCCACGCCAAGGGCAGCAGCAGAGGAGGAUGGAGGCCAACAUGAACCUCCUGCAUGAUGCAGGCAUCAGGACAACACACUGGCUGCAGCAGCGCUUCCAGGGCUCCCAGGACUGGUUCCUCUUCAUCUCUUACGCUGCUGAUCUCAGGAAUGCUUUUUUUGUCCUCUUCCCCAUCUGGUUCCACUUCAGUGAAGCAGUGGGCAUCAGACUCAUCUGGGUGGCUGUAAUUGGAGACUGGCUCAACCUCGUCUUCAAGUGGAUCCUCUUUGGGGAGAGACCAUACUGGUGGGUCCUUGACACAGACUAUUAUGGCAACAACUCCGCACCAGAGAUCCAGCAGUUCCCGCUCACCUGCGAGACUGGUCCCGGAAGCCCAUCUGGCCAUGCCAUGGGUGCAGCAGGCGUGUACUAUGUCAUGGUGACGGCUUUCCUCUCUGCUGCUGGAGGAGAAAAGCAGUCAAGGACAUUCAGAUACUGGGUGCUGUGGACAGUGCUUUGGAUUGGGUUCUGGGCAGUUCAGGUCUGUGUCUGCAUGUCCCGAGUCUUCAUUGCUGCUCACUUCCCCCACCAGGUGAUUGCAGGGGUUUUCUCAGGGAUGGCUGUGGCCAAGACCUUCCAGCAUGUCCAGUGCAUCUACAAUGCCAGCUUCCAACGGUACCUGGGCAUCACCGUCUUCCUCUUCAGCUUCACCCUGGGUUUCUACCUGCUGCUCUGGACAUUUGGCGUGGACCUGCUCUGGACGCUGGAGAAGGCACAGAAGUGGUGCAGCCACCCUGAGUGGGUCCACAUUGACACCACUCCCUUUGCCAGCCUCCUCCGUAACCUGGGCAUCCUCUUUGGGCUGGGGCUGGCCCUCAACUCCCACAUGUACCAGGAGAGCUCCCGGUUAAAGCAGGGCCAGCAGCUGCCCUUCCGCCUGGGCUGCAUCGCUGCCUCCCUCCUCAUCCUCCACAUCUUCGAUGCCUUCAAGCCACCCUCCCACGUGCAGCUCCUCUUCUACGCCCUCUCCUUCUGCAAGAGCGCGGCCGUGCCGCUGGCUACUGUCGGCCUCAUCCCCUACUGCCUCUCCCAGCUCCUGGCCACACAGGACAAAAAGGCUGCCUAAGGCAGGCAGACACCCCAGCCCUGGGCUCAGGGACAGCUGCCAGGCCCUGGCUGCACCUCAGCCGCUCUCUGCUUCCCGCUGAAUCUGCACGGGCUGGUUCUGCCCUGGGAGGAGACCACGGAGGCUGGGCUGGUGCUGCUGCCGGGUGGCUCCCACAACACGGACACACAGUGGCAGCCACGCUGCUCUCAUGGCUGGUGGCACAGAGAGCCCUGCGUGCCCAGGACUCCCCUGCCGUCCCUCUGGCACCCACAGCUGGGGGUCACCUGCCCAGGACCCAGCAGCAGCAGCGGGAGGUCCUGCACUCCCUUGCAGCUCGUGGGGACAGGCCACCUCCAUGCUGCAGGGCUGGGGACAGCACCACUGCGAGCAGGGUUCUCUCCUCGGCUGAAGAGCAGCUCUGUGACAGGAAUGGGCAGACACUGUGACAUGGAGAGACCCCCCAGGCCUGGGACGUUUGGUGCUCACCUGUGUGCGAGGCAGUGCAGGGUGCACACACCCAUGUGUGUACAUGUGUAACACACACCUGUGCACACAGGACAUGGGGUGGGGUUGUGCACAGGAGGGAUUUUAUUAAAGCUGAACAUUGUUUAGGCUGGUGA